AUGUCGGCUUCUCCCCCACCGUCGCCGUCGCAGCACGCUACAGCCCACGCCUACGCUAGCAACGGGCUGGAGAUCCUGCAGGCUGCCAGCGAUGCUGCUCAGGCCAUCCAGAAUCACCAUCCUCUGCAGAAUGCCGCUGCCGAAGCGGUAGCUCAGUCCCAUGCUGUCGGCGUGCCCAUCGCGCCCGCGCCCGAGCUGGCGCCGGGACAGCUUCAGCAGCAUCUCGUGGCCGGGCCGGGAGGCGUCAUGCGGGAUCCCACCAUUAACCCCAAGCUGACGCGACUUCGACGCGCCUGUGACAUGUGCAGCAUGCGCAAGGUCAAGUGCGACGACUCUAACAUGCCUUGUCGCCCUUGCCGCGAGCUGGGCGUUGACUGUACCUUCAAUCGCGAGACCAAGAGACGCGGACCGCCGAACAAGCAUGCCGAAGCUGCCAAAGCGGCUAAGAGAGCUCGCAUCGACCAGGCUGUUGCCCCUCCUGGCUUCCCCUCGUCUCCAUCGCCUCAGAAUGCUGCCAAGACGCUCAUGACCAUAUCGACGGAUGGUGUCUUGGAUGCAGAGGCGAUUGCGCCAAUGCCUGUGUUGGAGCUCCUGGUGGAUGAUUUCUUUACAUACAUACAUCCGCUUGCGCCGUUUCCCCACGAGCCAACCUUUCGACAGUCCUUUGCGAAUAGAGAGGAUCGAUUGAAGCCUGAGUUCCUGGGAUUAUUGGCCAGCAUGAUUGGUACUUUGGUCGCAUCGUUUCCGCGCAGUGCGAGAGAGCAUCUCAAGGCGCAGCACAGCACGCAUUUGUUCCCCAAGGCCAUUGUCAUGAUUGAAAAAUGUCGUGACAUUGCCCUUCUCACGCGUGGGAGCAGAUGGGUUUUAAAACAACCCAAAACGCUGGACGACGCUGCCACCAGCUAUUUUCUUGGAUUGGCUUCCGGUUACACCUUGCAGUGGAAUGCAUCUCGCCACUUCAUGGCCGAAACUCUGACUCUGCUCAGAGAACUCGGCUUUAGCAGGCCCAAGCACCCCGGAGAACUGCCUACCUUUGGGAGUGACAGCUUUGCUCCUGACUCGAUGCCGUUCAAUCACGUUAAGGACCAGAUUGGCAAGCGUAUCUUUUGGUGCCUGCUGCUAGGCGUUCGCUCGUUCUCGCAGCUCGGCGCAUCCCAUACCGAUAUCGUUAUUGCCCCAUCAACCCCCAGCCUUCCCUAUCCUGCAUAUCCCGAGAACGUAGAUGACAUUUGCGUUCUUGCAAAUGAAAUCAUUCACCAAGUAGAGGGUAGUGUGACGCUUCUUACUGGAUUCCGUUUCGGUAUUGAUAUCUACACAACCAUGAAUGGCGUCGUCAGCCUGGAGCUAGCGUACGGCAUGAGCACUCUUCCUUGGGCGGACCAACGACUCCUACUUAGGGAUGGUCUUUUGGCUGCCAAAAGCAUCAUUGAUAAUCUGCCACCAGAGCUCCAGCUGGGCAAUUCCGGAGACGAAACAAAUCCUCUGGCUGGCAUGGAGGAUUCCGGCCUCCAGUACGUGCCACCAGUGUGGCCCAACACGCAGCCACCACAUGAUGUGCGCAACAUCAUCAAAACGCAACCUACGAGGCGCCGUCAGCUUCAGUACGAGAUACAAAAAGCUAACAUUUUUGUAUCGCAACUGGCUACAAGAUCAUAUUUCGUGGAGCUCUACUUCAACUUGAGAGACGUCCAUCUAAGCGAGCAGCAACAAACUCUCGAAGUCGAGGGUACAAGUGAAGAGGAGAAAGCUAUUCAAGAAGAUGACAAGGAGAUUUUGGAAUUCAUGUCUGCUGAGCGAGAGAUUAUUGUCCAAAACCUCUUGACGGUGCUAGGAUCUAUUUCGCAACGAAAUCUCGAACCCAAUGGAGGAUCCCUCAUCAACAAGAUUCGUCAGGUUGCGUCCACGCUCCUAAACGAUGCCCCUGAAAGGAAGGGGCCGUUUGCCAUCAAGUCAGAAGAGGCUCUCUCUCAGCUCCUUGAAGUCCUAAUGAAGCUCGAAAAGACAGGUCCCGUGGGAGAGACUCGUGCACCAGACCCGCUUCAGAUGACGGCGGAAGACGAGGAAGAAGAGCUGCGACACUGGGCCGACUUGAGGGAAUACCAGCUUCGUUUCGCUGCAAAUGGAGGCUUUGCUGGAGAAUUGUAA